AUGUGGCUUUGGAAGCUGAAGAUGUUCCUGAACAUUGGCUGGGAGAAGAUUCUCGUGUAUAACACUAGGACCAUGCACACAUUUAUAAACAAGGUGAUCUUGGAGUCGAUGAAGAAGAAGGCGGAGCAUGCUGCUAGAGGAGAGAAGAUGGUCACUUGUGACUUGGUCACGUUGUUCAUGGAGAAGAGGCUAAUGCAAACAGAAGACAUGCAGAUUGUGAACAGCGACAUUACCAUUAUGCGUGAUAUGGUAAUGACCUUUGUGUUCGCCGGCAAGGACUCGACAGCACACAGUAUGGGCUGGUUUAUUGUCAAUAUGAAUCGAUACCCAGAAGUGUUGCGCAAGAUUCGUAAAGAGAUGAACGAAAAGCUGCCCGGUCUUUUGUCAGGCAAGAUUAAGGAAAAUAUUCGUCUGCACCCAUCCACGGGUUUCAUCGUGCGUGAGGCUAUGCAAAACACGACGUUGGUCGACGGCACAUUUGAUGAGAAGGGCCAAACUUUGAUGGUAUCAUCUUACUGUAACGCGCGUAACAAACAAACAUGGGACGAAGAUACGCUCGAUUUCAAACCCGAGCGUAUGAUGGACGAAAUUACGGGAAACUUACGGGUAUUUUCUCCGUACAUUUUUAGUGGCUUUGGAUCAGGUCAGCACGUGUGCAUCGGUCAGAAGUUUGCAAUGAUGCAGAUUAAAUUGGCUAUGGCUACGCUCUUCAGCAAGUUCGACAUUAAAACGGUAGAAGAAGAUCCAUGGAAGUUCACGUAUGAGUUCUCACUCACUAUUCCGGUGAAGGGCCCGUUGAAUGUAAAAGUCACGCCUCUAACAAUCAGCAGCUUAAAGAGCCAAGAAGAGCAAGCCCUUGAUGAUUAA